CCCAAGCAUGGCCUCAUGAAUCCUUCGCAGCACUACCGACAGCAUCGGCAUCGCUAUGAUCCAGCAUCUACACCGCCUGUGCUCAGGAGGAGAGGGAAACUGGGACAAAAGGAAGAAACAAAGCAUAAAGCUGUACACGGCAAACGCUUCAACUGAACCGUCUGUCUCAUCAUCUGCCCAAGAUGCUGUCUCGACAGAUGCUGGGCCUCCUUUCGACGCUCUGGCUGAUCGCUGCGACCAAGACAGCAGACUUUGAAACAUCCGAAGCAGGAAACCCCUUUGUCGACGGCUGGUAUGCCGACCCAGACACGCAGUUCUACAAUGGCGCGUACUGGGUAUAUCCGACCUCGUCGCUGCCAUACGACGACCAGACCUACCUGGACGCCUUCUCAUCAAAAGACCUGGUGCACUGGACGAAGCACUCGUCGAUCCUGACGACGGCCGACUUCACUUGGGCACAUCGAGCUGUUUGGGCCCCGGCGCCCAUUUACCGCAACGGCACGUACUAUCUCUACUUUGGCGCCAACGACAUCCAGACAGACUCGGAGCUGGGCGGCAUCGGCGUUGGAGUGGCAGACAAGCCCGAGGGCCCAUACACCGAUCCGCUGGGAAAGCCGCUGAUUGGCGCGUAUCAUAACGGUGCCCAGCCUAUUGAUCAGGAUGUCUUUAUCGAUGACGAUGGACAGGCUUACAUCUACUAUGGCGGGCACUCCCAUGCCAAUGUUGCCAAGUUGAACGACGAUAUGAUAAGCCUGGGCACCUUUGAUGACGGAACUAUGUUCAAGGAGAUUACGCCAGAGAACUACGUUGAAGGGUCGCAGAUGGUUAAGCGGAAUGGCAUCUAUUAUCUCUUCUGGAGCGAAGGCGGCUGGACGGGGCCCGAUUAUGCAGUCUCAUACGGCAUGAGCAGCUCGCCGCUGGGCCCGUUUGAUCGCAUUGCCAAGAUAUUGCAACAAGAUGAGGCGGUUGCUACAGGUUCGGGCCACAAUGCUGUGAUUCAAGUUCCGGAUACAGACAUAUUCUUCAUCCUGUAUCAUCGGCAUCCGCUGGGCUCUACGGACGGGAAUGAUCGGCACUUGGCAUACGACCGCCUCUACUUCAACGACGAUGGCACAAUCCAGACAGUCAAGAUGCUGGUUCAUGAUAACUUUGAGGACGGCAACACGAUUGGCUGGCAAACAUACGGAGGCGACUGGAGCGCUGAGACGAACGCACUCCGAGGGAGUGCUUCAUCGAGCAGCAACGCCCUCCUCAACACCAACUUUGCCAACUUUACCUAUGAGGCUGACGUCAAACUAUUGACGCGCGGUGGCAGCCAUCGUGACAGCACUGCAGGUUUAAUAUUCCGAGUAUCUGGGACAUCUAAUGACACCACCAGCUUCCAAGGCUACUACGCUGGCAUCAGCACUGCUGGCACUCUUUUCCUCAGCCGAAGCAAUGGGUCGCAGUCCACCACUCUGGGAAGCACAAAAGCUGACAUCAAACCGGCGCAGCGAUACCGACUAAAGGUGAUGGCAAACGGAAGCUCCAUCCGUGUGGCCAUAAAUAGCAAGACGCCCGCUGUCAUCGCUGUGACGGACGAUGCUUAUGCGAAUGGAAUGGAUGGCGUAAGGGUCUUCAAGGCGCAGGCCGAAUUCGAUAACGUCAAUAUUACUCGCCUCACCUCCAACUAGGUUAGAUGAUAGAAUAGUAAUAGGCAAAAUACCUGUUGUUGUUUCUCGG